UAUAAAUGCACGCACAAACCUAAACAAACCUUCCACAGCAAAACCAAAACUGAAGAGGACGGAUCACUCGCACACAUCAACGUCGUCAAUGGCUUCUUCUGAUCUCUCCGUCAUCCUCCCUCGCGCCCUCAUCGUCUCGCGGCGCACCGUUCGCAAGAACAAGUUCGUCGAUUUCGUCGGUGAAUACCACCUCGAUCUCAUAGUGGCCUACGGCGCCGUCCCCGUGAUAGUCCCCCGCGUGAGCGGGGUCCACAUGCUGCUCGACAGCUUCGAGCCGAUCCAUGGCGUCCUGCUCUGCGAGGGCGAGGACAUCGACCCGUCGCUCUACGAGCCCGAGGACGCCGCCACGGGGCUCUCCCCGGAGGAGCUUGAGGAGAUACGGAGGCUCCACGCGAGCGACACUGCCAUCGACCGCGAGAAGGACUCGAUCGAGCUCGGCCUCGCCAAGCUGUGCCUUGAGCGCAACAUCCCUUAUUUGGGGAUCUGCAGAGGCUCGCAGGUCUUGAAUGUUGCAUGUGGAGGCACACUUCAUCAAGACAUUGAGAAAGAGAUCAGUAGGAAUUUUGCCCAAGAGAAGAGAGUUGCUCACAUAAAUUACGAGGAUUACGAUGCGCACAGGCAUGUGGUCAGGGUUGUGGAGAGGACUCCAUUGCAUGAGUGGUUUAAGGACUCAUUGGAGGACCAGAGGAUGGAGAUAAUGGUGAACAGUUAUCAUCACCAAGGGGUCAAGAGACUGGCUCAGAGGUUUGUGCCCAUGGCCUUUGCACCGGAUGGCUUGAUCGAAGGGUUCUACGACCCGGAUACUUACAAUCCUGAAGAGGGCAAGUUCAUCAUGGGCCUCCAGUUUCACCCUGAGAGGAUGCGGAAGCCCGACUCCGACGAGUUCGACUACCCAGGUUGCCCGUCCGCUUAUCAGGAGUUUGUGAAGGCUGUGAUUGCGUACCAGAAGAAGCUGAUUAGCUCGACUUCGGUCUCGAGGCCGUUGAAACUCGAUCAAGAAAUGGAGAAAAAGAGGAGGAUGAUCGUUCGCAGCUUUUCACUUGCCAAGAAUCUGUACACGACCGGCCAAGGGCUGAACCCAUCCAAAGAAUCUGAACUGAGAGCGGGUGCAGAAUUUCUCGAGUCGAACACAGCAUUGACUUUGCAACAAGAGAAGAGGUUGAAGCAGAUGGGUGCGACGGUGAGGAAUGCGGGUUCAUACAUCGAGAGGCUCAAGCUGAAUGAAGAAAGAGAGAAGAUGGCAAGGAAUGUGAUCGGGAAGAUGUCGGUCGAGCAAGUAUCUGAUCUGAUAUCCUUCUACAGAAUGAUGGAGCAGAUAUGCUCAGAAGUCCUGGAUAGGAAGCUUCAGGACAUCGUGAAUGAUCUGAACACAUAAGGAUUGUAUUAAGUUCACCGUUCUGGUAAUGCUUCAGAUGCUACAACGUCUAAAAAGACUGGCAUGCGAAAGUUUAUGCGGCAACAAGUCGUCUGUUGUCGUCACGGGUCAUGUUGACCCGAAAUGUAAUGAAGAAGACAGUGAAUACGGGACAAGCAGCCAUGUACGUAUUCGUAUAUCAGUUCCUGUAGAAUACUUGCAUCUCUAAGACUACUUCUUGUCGGCAGAUGUUAGUAGGGUGGACCGUGGACAUAAAAAGGGUUCACGGGAAACUUGGGUGUGGCUCUUUUCAUUAUCACAUCUCUGUAUGUAUAGUCGCCCAUGUGCGGGUUUCUUUCGCAUCAGCAAUUGUGAAUUGACAUUUUCAAUUUGUUUUA